UUCAAUGAUAAUUUAAUAAUAUGUCUUGUAUUAUAUUUUUCCUUCCUUUUUUAACUUUGUUUCAUUAUGUAUUACCUUGUACAUUCAUACUUCCUACUGAUAAAUUAGUUUUAUUGAGGAUAAUUUGUACUGUUAUUGUGAAGUUAUACCUACAAUAUAUAUUUCUUAAUUGCCUGAUAAAGGAGUUCAAGUAACUCUUUUCAGUACUCACAAAAUACUGUCUUACAAAAUGACGUAAUGCGACUCAUCAAAUAUAAUAUAAUUCUAUUACCAUAAUAAAAAAUGGCAACAUUUUGGUCAGGGAGACCUGGUUGGUUAGGGAAAGUAGGAAUAGCAUUAUUGGCUACAUGGCUUUUGGUACUAAUAAUAUCAGUAUCACAUAUCUUUAAGGCUAAUAAUUUAUCAUCCAAUAAUGAGAGUCCUACAAAUAAAGAAAAUGCUCAACGUUUAGCUCAAAUGGUUAAUGAUUUUGAGAUUCUUAAGAGACAAAAUGAAGCAUUAAAAAAUAUAAUUUUAGGAGAAAGAUCAAAAUCUAUUCAAGGAGACCAUUUAGGUUCAAUACAAGAAAAACUUGAGAAAGUUUCUCUUUAUGAUGAUUUGUUGGAUCAUCAGGAUAAUAUUAAGCACGGUGUCCCUUCUUCUGAAUAUGAAGAAUUAAGAAGAAUGAUAAGAAAUAAUAUUCAAGAGACAUGGUAUUAUAUUAAUGCAGAACUAAGUAAAUUUAGGAAAACUAUUGAUAAACUUAAUUAUGAACAAAGAGAAAAAAAAAUACAGGACACAUUAAAAAAUGUUUGGGAUCAUAAAAAAUCUCUCAUAAUAGACAUUGACAAAUUAAUGAAAGCAGAUGGCUAUGAUGAAUGGCGUAAAAAGGAAGCAAAAGAAUUAUCUGAUCUUGUACAAAGAAGAUUCAGGCAUUUACAAAAUCCUAGUGAUUGCAAUAAAGCAAGAAAGUUGGUUUGCAGUUUAAACAAAGGUUGCGGAUUUGGAUGUCAGAUUCAUCAUAUUACAUAUUGUUUCUUAGUUGCUUAUGGUACAGAGCGAACAUUAAUAAUUAGAUCUAAAGGUUGGAGGUAUCACAAAGAUGGUUGGGAAUCAGUCUUUAAACCACUUAGCGAGACUUGUGUAUCUACAAUUGGAGCAUCACAUGCUAACUGGCCUGGUGACUCAUCUAAACAAGUCAUUUCAUUGCCAAUUGUGGAUAAUGUUUAUCCAAAACCGAGGUUUCAACCACCAAGUGUACCAGCUGAUUUAGCUUCAAGGUUAGAGAAACUUCAUGGCCAUCCCUUAGUGUGGUGGGUAGGACAAGUUUUAAAGUAUUUAAUGCGACCUCAAGAACAUGUGAAAAGAACAUUAGAGAAUGCUAAGGAAAAACUAGGUUUCAAAAAACCUAUUGUUGGAGUUCAUGUACGGAGAACGGAUAAAGUUGGUACUGAAGCUGCUUAUCACGAUAUAGACGAAUAUAUGGUUAAAGUUGAACAAUAUUUCGACGAACUUGAACCAAAACCAGAAGUGAGAAGAGUUUUUCUAGCGAGCGAUGAUCCAAAAGUGAUCACAACGGCAAGAAAUCGUUAUUCAAAUUAUGAAAUAAUAGGAGAUCCAGAAAUAGCAGAGACAGCUUCAGUUGCGAAACGAUAUUCCGAUUCUUCUUUACAAGGAAUAAUUAUCGAUAUACAUCUCUUAUCCGAAUGUGAUUAUUUGGUGUGCACAUUCAGUUCUCAAGUGUGCCGUGUAGCAUAUGAGUUAAUGCAAACAUAUUAUCCAGACGCUUAUAAUCGUUUCGCGUCAUUAGAUGAUAUUUACUAUUAUGGUGGUCAAAAUCCACACCCUCAUCAAGCUAUUCUAGAUCAUAAGCCGAGAAAGGAGGGUGAAAUUGAAUUGAAAGUAGGAGAUUUAAUUGAAGUUUUUGGAAAUCAUUGGGACGGUUAUUCCAAAGGAUACAAUACUAGAACUAGUAUGACGGGAUUAUUUCCUAGUUUUAAAGUUAAAAAUCCAGUAGAUGCUGUAGAUUUUCCGAAAUAUCCGUAUGUCCCUUUACAAGAAAACAGGAACGAGUAGGCAUACUCUGAAUAUGUAGUGAUCUUGAAAGCAUUCAGAUUGCUUGAAAAAAAUAACUUGCCUUCAUAUUUAAAUUGUUAAAAACAGUAAAAAACUUCACAAACACGUAUAUAUUUUACUACUAGUAAAUGACAAAUUUAAUUCUUGCAAACUGAAACUAUCUCAAAUUAUAUAAAAAAAAAAAUGAAUUAUUCUAUUGCCUAUGCAUAUGUAUAUCUUGAAUUUUGAGAAGACCGUAUAUAGAUAUUCGUAAACAAAUAUUAUAGAAAAUUUUGAAUACAUUUACGAUCUUCUUACAAAUUGAACUAAGGACAUAAACAUAAAGAAAAUAAAAAUGCAUAGCGUACAUGCGCGCAAUAUAAUUAAAAAUUUUUAUAUAUUUUGAUUGAAGUUACAAAUUGUAGUCGUUAUUUUAAUAAGAGAUUUUAUUAGAAUGUGAUUGUAUUAAUGUAUUACAUUGCAACUCUUUAGCGAACUGAAUGUAUGUUUUUUAUAUAAUGCAUUUAAAAUAGAUACAUAAUUAACAUACAAUAUAAAACAAAAAUUAUUUGUGCCAAUGCACUUGAACUCAAAGUAUUAUUUACAGUGGCAAGCCAAUAAUCAGAUAAAACCUAAAUAAUAUGUCAAUUUUUAUAAAAUUGCAAGAAGGUUUUAUACAUUAUUAGUUAAUCUCAUAUCUCUUAAUAAAGGCUUGCAUUAUAAUUCAUUGUCAUAACGUACAAUUUGUACAUAAGAUAUACAAUAUAAAUUACGUACAUAAUAAUUUUUUUGAUAAUAAUAGAGCUUAUACAAAACGCAUAAUAAAUAUUGCAUAAAUUGCGUAAUAUGAUAAACCUGAAAUGCAUAGACAUCGAGCUGGGCUUGAGGCCUAUCUUAUUAUAUAAUUAAGGAUGUUUCUUGUAUACAUAUUGUAAUAUAUUUUAUACUAUACACCAAACGUAAAUGAGAAUUGUUAUAUUAUAAAAACUGAAUUUGGUUUUUAAUAAAUAUUUAAUUCAUGAAUCUUUUGGUCAGAAUGUGUUAUUACAUAAUUUAUUUUACAUUUUGUAACAUUUUCAUUUUACAAGUUAAUUUAAAAAGAAAUAUGGCGAAGUUAAUUGGUAUAAAAGUUUAACGUCAUCGAUAUAAUUUCAUGAUAACAUCACUAACUUCAGUUCAGUAAUGUCGUAGAAUCAUAAUAGUGUUUUGCGUUGUUGUUUUUAAGUUUGCAAUUAUAUACAGAAAAGAUUUUGAGGAUAUGGCACAAAUUUUUCGUGUGUAUAAAUUUGAAGUACCUACAUUAAUUCAUGUUUUCUAUAGAAAUUAUAAUCAAAGGUUAGAAUCUGAAAAUAACAUAUUUCACGUAUAUACAUGUAUCAGUUAAUGCUAAGUAUGCUUUUUAAAGACGUAAAUGUAAUUAUUACGAAGUUUUGCAUAUUUCUUCAAAUGCAACCCAAAAAGAAAUAAGAGACGCUUAUAUCAAAUUAUCUAAACAGGUGCAUCCUGACUGUGGCAAUAAGGGAAAUCAUGAUGAGUUUGUGAAAAUAAAUGAAGCCUAUAGUAUUUUAAGCAACAAACAGAGCAAACGUAGUUAUGAUAUUGGUUUGAAGGAGAAUAAUAUUCGUGAAAAUCACUAUUAUCAGAAUGCUGGAUCUUAUAAUCGUUACCAAUAUGCAUACAAUAUGUACUAUCCAAGAUAUAGAAGAAAACCUUCUGAAGCAGAGAAAAGAAAAGCAAUUAUAUUGUGGGUGUUCCUACUGACUAUAGGAUUACUAAUUCAAUUGAUACGUGUUAUAGUAUGGUCAAAUGCUAGUCAAAAUGCAGCAUUAAGAAAGAGUCGUAAGAUUAUGCUAGAGGUUGAGAACAGUAAUAAAAAGUAUGAAAAUAAAACACUUGAAGAGAGGCUAGAAAUGUUGGAAAAAAUGAUGGCAGAAGGUAUCGUGUCUACGGAUGAUAAAUAACACGUGUGAAGGUAUAUUUACUUGGAUUUACAUAUUGUAACAUAGAGAAAUUUUUAAAAAUUUUGCUGUACGAAAACAUACAAUGCGUUACACGAAGUAAUACAUGUGUUGUAAAAUGUUAUUUUUUAAGUAGAAUAGAUCAUAUUUUAAAUUAGAAAAAUUGUAUUUAUAGGUGAAAAAAUUGUUUAUAAUAGAAAUUAUGCUUAUAUACAAA